UGACUGGAUUUUAAUACGAUUGUGGGUUGGCAGAACAAAUAUGGACGCGGCUUUGAAAACAAUCGAGUGUAGUCGAAGAGAAGUAUUUGUUUAUGCAAUUUGUCAGACGUGUUGUGGCAAGUAAACUGUGUGUGUAAUACAGCAACGCCAAGCUGAUUACAUUCACGUAUAAAAAUGUUGAAUAUCCUGAAAGCAGAGAUAGAGAAAAAGCGUAAAUUACUGGAGGAGAAAGAGCUCCUGAAACCGAACAAGAAGUACUUCAAGCGGGCAGAGCUGGUUGCCAAGGAGGCGGAGGAGUACCGCCGCAAGUGCGGCGUGGGCGGCAGCGAGGAGGCAGAGCGGCAGUCUGAGAGCGAGCAGCCGGGGGCGGACUUCAGAGACGGCGACCUCACCGACGACGGCGUGCCGACGCUGCCGCGCAAGGAGGUGGUGCGGAGGCUGCGCGAGCGCGCCGAGCCCGUCCUUCUCUUCGGGGAGACGGAGCUCGAGUCGUUCCGCAGGCUGCGGCGCAGCGAGAUCCUCGAGCCGGAAGUCAACCGCGGGCUGCGUAAUGACUUCCAGGAGGCACUCGAAAAGGUGGACCAAGCAUUUCUCGACGAGAUCCUCGCGUCGUCCCGUGGCACGGACGAGCACGGCGGCAGGGAGGGCGGAACCUCGUCGAACGACGUGAAAGUGCAGGACGACGGCGUGAGCUACGAGGAGAUCCAGCGCAUGGCCGUGGAUCUCGGCAAGGGUGACCGCGAGCUCGACAUGCAGGUCAUCACGCACUUCAUCCAGUUCCUGCUCAAGAUGUGGGGCCACCAGCUGAACAGCCGUUCGCAGGCCGAGAAGAUGACUGUGCGGGGAAAGCUGGCCUGUGCCACGUACACCCAGACUCAGGUGUACCUGAAGCCCCUACUGCGUAAGCUGAAGACGCGCAGUGUGCCCGAGGACAUAGCGGAGAGUCUGACGGAGAUUACGAGGUACAUGCUUGACCGGGACUACAUCCGCGCCAGCGACUCCUACUUGCAGAUGGCCAUUGGAAAUGCACCUUGGCCCAUUGGUGUCACAAUGCUGUACGAUUACCGAUUCCACCUUCACCUGAGUUGCUGCACAUUUCCGAUACGACACCAGACUCUCGCCCGCAAUAGAGGAAGAACAGUAUGCCAGACAGGCAGGUAUAAAAGAAGUUAUGGCUGAACCACCAGUAAUUUGUAUACUACCUUGUGGAACUAUAACAUUUGAAUCAAAAUGUAUGUAAUCUAAAAAUAUGACAGUGCGUACUUCCGAGGAUAGUUAAAAAACGGCCAUUUAUGAAUUUGUUAUGGGACAGUUGGUCCUGUCUUCGUGAGCCUUUUAACAGUUUUAGAACUGGAGCAUGCUCUGGGGCAAAUACUGCAAAAAACUGUCACGUUUAUUUGCAUGUUCUACAAUUUAAAUGAUGAACAGACUAGCCUUAAUUCAAAUUCAAACAAAAUGUUUCCAAAUCAAGAUAUGUUGUAAUCUAUUGUUACUUAUGUCUAUAUGAUAAAGAGGAUUUGUAGCAAAAAGGUAGAGUAACAAUAAGUCUUUAUUACAUUAAAAAAUAAAAAUUUGUCAAAAAUGACAAAUGGCAAACAAUUUCUUUGUUUUAUAGCCAUAUAUUAUAACAUAUGAGGUAUAUGGGCUCCCCAAUGUACAUAAAACUAUGUAAAUAAAUUACUGUAAUACA